AUGGCGACGUACGACUCUGGCUCGGGGCGCUGGGUGUUCCCCGAGUCCGGCGGCGACCGCGAAGCCCGGUGGCCGGCGCGGCGCUACGGCCAGCCGCCCGCCCCCUUCGGCCAGGGCUACAGGCCGGGCUGGCAGGACGGCGGCCCCGCGUGGGGCGAGCAGCGCCACUUCCGCCGCAGGCUGCCCGACGAGGGCGCCGGCGAGUCGGGGCGGCUGCUGGCCGUGUCGCCGGACCAGCUGGCGACCAUCAGCGAGACGCUGGGCGCGCUCAACACGGUGGGCCGCUUCCUGGUGCGCGCGGCGCGGCACGAGGGCCCGCCGGCCGGUGACCCGGCCGCCGGUCACGGCGACGCCGCCUCGCAGCAGCUGCCCGCCGCCAUCCUCACGCUCUCCAAAAACGUGCUGGGCCGCAACCUCACCGACGCCAUCGCGCCCAUCGUGCGCGGAGCGCUGCCCGCCGGAAAGUGUACAAAUGCGGCGAGCCCGGACGCUCGCGCGUGCCGCACGCCGACCGGCGGCCGCGGCGUCUGCGACGACCUGAGCGAGUGUCCGCAGCUGCUGCUGCACCUGUCGCAGCUGCGCGACUCCAUCUGCUUCAAGAGCCUCUUCACGCCCGGCGUCUGCUGUCCGGCCGACGACGACAGGUACGUCUCGCCUAGCAUGGCGCCAGAUGGCGUCCCGGUUGGGACGACGACGACGACGACGAGCACGACGCGGAAGCCCAUCAUCCUGCCCAUCACGCCGCCGCCCGUCUACCCGGUGGCCACCUCCACCAGCGCGCAACCUGCUGCUGUUGACUGUGCCUGGUUCUCCACAGAGUGCGGCCAGCCGGAGAUCCCCGGGUUCCGCGUGGUGGGCGGCGAGCCGGCGGCGCCGGGCCGCUGGCCGUGGAUGGCGGCCAUCCUGCUGCACGGCAACCGGCGCACCGAGUUCUGGUGCGGCGGCACCCUCAUCGGCGCCCGCCACGUGCUCACCGCCGCGCACUGCACCAGGGACUCCCGGCAGCGCCCGUUCAGCCCAUCGCAGCUAACGGUUCUGAUGGGAGAUAUUGACCUGAAACGUCAGGAUGAGCCUUCGCAGCCAGAGCAGUACAAAGUGGUCCAGGUUAAAGCACAUCCCAAGUUCAACCGCGUGGGCUACUACCACGACAUCGCGCUGCUGGAGCUGGAGCGGCCGGUGCGUCGCUCUCGCUACUCCAUCCCCAUCUGCCUGCCGGACAACGAGCUGCGCGACGAGCCCUUCGUCGGGACGCGGCCCACCGUCGUCGGCUGGGGCAGCACCCACUACGGUGGCAGAGAAAGUACUGUUCAGAGGCAGGCGUCCAUCCCCGUGUGGCGCAAUGAGGACUGCGACAGGCGGUACCUGCAGGACAUCACCGAGAACUUCAUCUGCGCCGGCUACGCCCAGGGAGGGAAGGACGCUUGCCAGGGUGAUUCCGGCGGCCCUCUGAUGCUGCAGCAAGACGCGCACUGGAUCCAGAUCGGCAUCGUCUCAUUCGGUAACAAGUGUGGGGAGCCGGGCUACCCCGGCGUCUACACCAGGGUCACCCACUACCUCGACUGGAUAAAGGAGAACAUGAACGAGUGACAGAGGCGGCAUGCUGCCGAAUGAGCCCAGAUGUCCUCGCGUCAUGGAGGACACACGGCGCAGGGGGUGCUUCCUGUGGGUUGAGACGGACUUUCUGUUCUCACGUGAAAUUGCUCAUUGACGAGUCAGCAUUUGCAUUUAAUACCAGAAGUAGAUCAUAUAAAGACAGCUCACGAGAUAGUUUCAUUUCAGACAGUUUAUGUUAUUCUCAUUUCUUACGUCGGAAAAUUCACUCCUCUACGAAUUAGCUUGCUGAUAGUGAGACGUGCUGUGUAAAUCUGUAUAAUACAGUACCACGACGCACCAAAUUGACAAUACUCUUGUUAUCGCGUUGUCUAUUAGCUAAGGAUCUUUUUCUGCACUUGGCAAUUACCCCAUAGUCAUGGUAUUUGUUGUUACAUACUCGUAGAUUCUUAUAUAACGAUAAAACUGUGAUAUGUUUCCUUUUACUCAUGUGUGUUCUGCGAGCGGAAAUGUGGUGAGACAGCAGACUUUCUGUUUACCGUGUUUCUAAAGCCAUUGUAAGAAGU